AUUCAAUGGGAUGGUCACUACUAAUCUUUCAUCAUACUUACCGCAGUUGGUUAAGACGUUUAAUGUCAGUGAAGUUGAUACAGGAAGAUAUGUUGGACUUGUUUCUUCAGCUAUGUCAGUGAGCAGAGUUAUAAGCAGCACUACUUGGGGUUUUAUUUGUGACAAAUACGGUAAAAAAGUCUCACUACUUUGUGCUGGAGCAGGCCUUACUAUGGCUACUUUUAUGUUUGGAUUUAGUUUCAAUAUUAUAUGGACUGUUGUUACAAGAUCUAUGCAAGGUUUGUGCAUGGUGUUGAUAGUUAUAAGCAAAUCAAUUAUAUCAGAUAUAUCUGAUGAUACUAAUCUCUCUAUUGGUUUGAGUGUUAUUGUUUCUGCAAUGAAUAUUGGAUAUAUAUUAGGACCAAGCAUGGCUGGAUUUCUUGUGUUUCCAAAUGAAAAGUAUCCUAAUGUUUUUAAAAAAGAUCCAUUUUUUGACAAAUGUAAAGUUUUUCUUUCAAACUUUAUUAUUGCCAUGGGGUUGUUUAUUUCUCUUUUGAUCACAUCUUUUCUACUUCCAAAGAAAGAAAAGGGAAAUUCGGAUGUUAAAACAGAACAAAUUUCACAUGAGAAUAACAAAAGUGCUGAAAAUAAUGACAAAGAAAGUAAAGAUGAUAGUGUGGAUUAUAAGGAAGCCUUUUCGUUUUUUUUUCGGAAGCCUCAGAUCGUUUUCGUUUUUUUUUCGGAAGCCUCAGAUCGUUUUCUGAAAAGUCAAUUUUUUGAGUCAUUACUCAAAAAAAAAAAAGAAAAAGAUAUCGCAUUUUAAAGAUAUCAUAUU